UUGCAGUCCGGUGUUGUGGGCUCUUUAAGCGCAGGGCGGAGAGCAGAUUUCCGACUGUCCAUGAAGCGGAUUACGGCUCCAGUCCUACGUCUGCUGCUGCAUCAUCUCAGCUGAUCCGGAGGAUUUCCUCUUCAGGGAAACAAGCAGCGCUGCCUGUGUGCUCGGCUCAGCGCGGCGCCAUGGAUUUCAACGUCAAGAAACUGGCUUCCGAUGCGGGUGUCUUCUUCACCCGGGCAAUGCAGUUCACAGAGGAGAAGCUGGGCCAGGCGGAGAAAACAGAGCUGGAUCCUCACCUGGAGAACCUGAUCACUCGGGCUGAUGGCACCAAGAACUGGACUGAGAAGAUCCUGAGACAGACGGAGGUGCUCCUGCAGCCCAACCCCAUCGACCACACUGGUGCUCGAAUAGAGGAGUUCAUCUAUGACAAACUGGACAAGAAGCUUCCCUCCAGGAUGACCAACGCCGAGCUGCUGGGCCAGUACAUGCUGGACGCUGCCAAAGAGUUUGGUCCUGGGACGCCAUACGGUAGCACCCUGAUCAUAGUGGGAGAGUACCAGGUUAGACUGGGAGGAGCUGAGCGCGAGUUCCUGCAAACCUCAGCCACCAGCUUCCUCACUCCUCUACGCAACUUCCUAGAAGGAGACUGGAGGACGAUAUCAAAAGAGCGGCGGCUCCUGGAGAAUCGACGGCUGGAUCUCGACAUCUGCAAAGCACGUGUGAAGAAAGCCAAGCAGGCAGAGGCCAAAUCAGCGGCUGCACCUGACUUUCAGGAGACAAGGCCUCGAAAUUAUGUUCUGUCUGCCAGUGCAUCAGCGCUGCUGAGUGAGGAGGUGGACAAAGCAGAGCACGAGCUCCGUGUGGCUCAGACCGAGUUCGACAGACAGGCCGAGGUCACUAGACUGUUGCUGGAGGGAAUCAGCAGCACACAUCUCAACCACCUGCGCUGCCUGCAGGACUUUGCAGAGGCUCAGGCCACGUACUUCGCCCAGUGUCACCACUACAUGCACGAGCUUCAGAGGGAGCUGAGCAGACAUGACAACGCUGUUGGCGCCCCCAACUCCUCGGCCGCUGUCUGCCCGAGCCCCGUCUCAUCUGCUUUCCUGUCAGGACCGACACCUCCUGGCGCCGCAGUCACUUCCUCCUCCUCAGGCCAAAAGCCCAGCACGCUCGCGAUGGAGCAGACUCCGUUCCCUGUUACAGGCACCAGAAAGGCCAAGGUUCUGUAUGACUACGACGCCCACGAUGUCAGUGAGCUGUCCCUCUUGGCUGAUGAGCUGAUCACUGUGUACACCGUACCUGGGAUGGAUCCUGAUUGGUUGGUUGGAGAACGGGGAAACGAAAAGGGCAAAGUACCCGUCACCUACCUUGAACUGCUGAGCUAAUGGACCAACCACCAGACACACACACACACACACACACACACACACACACACACACACACACACACACACACUUGCAAAAACCUCCAUCUACUAUCAUGUGUGCAAUCAGUACAUUUAGUGUAUUCUCAUCUCAAGCACUUAUGCAAACCUGUGUGUGGGGAAAGUUUCUAUAAAUACAGACGUCUAAUGGGAGGAAAUGGCAGCAAACACUCGUGGCGGUUCAUGUGGGUCAUUGUAAGUUCCAGUAAUGUGUGAUGAGGCCACAGUUAAAGCUACUCUCAGUUUGUUUGGGUGUUUUUGUGUGAUGACUUUUCUAUGUGUUGUAACGCUGUACUCACCAGUCAUCGCUGAGAUCCGGGAAGACUGACAGGAAACACCAGUAGUCAGGUGUGAACAACAAGCCUGAUGCUCUAAACCAGUCUGGAGGGAAACUGGGACUUCCGGGUCCUGUUUCACACUUGUAAUACAAAUUAUUACAAAUCUUGGGACAUAACCAUAACGUAUGUCUGUGUAGAUAGGGAUUAUAUAGCCUUUAACAAACCCCAUCCCCAUGAGCCUGAAACCACAGGGAGGUGAGUGCACUGGCGGGGUGGGGCGAGGCAGAUUCGGCUUGCUCAGACACGUCUGUAGUAACAGCAGGACAUGGAGCAGCACAAGGUGUGAAGGGAGCGCUGGUAGAAGUCAGGAAUGUGGAAGAAAAAGUUGUUUUGAUGUGAGUAAGUACUGGCAGCUGUGAUUUCUUUGAGAUUGCACAAGUUUGUUACAGAAGCUGGUGAAAGAGUGGAGGUAACGUCAGGACUCUGCAAACUGUGUAGGCAUUGAUUAUGGGAUUGUGGGUAAUACAUGUAAUACGGCAGUUGGUGUGUGAUGGAAUUUAACAACAUAUACUCUGGGGUUUGUUUUCAACCUGUCUGAUGAUCGUGCUGCUUGUGUUUCUUGACCUGUCUGACUUCUCUUUAGUGAUGCACCAACAUCUCAAGGUCUCAGUGGUUAAAGCUGUGAGUUUAGUUACAGUCAAAAAAGGACCAAGGUGUAAUAAAGCAGAAUGAUCCUCCGUAGGAUAAAGUACUAUCUGUGAUCAAUUAUGAACGCUCUGUGACAACAAAACUGUUUUUCUGUUUCAUCAUCUGCUCUUAAAACUCAGCAAUACAACUACAAUACAGCUCUCAUCUGCUGAGAAGGACUUGAAAAUAAAGUGGAUCAAUAAUUCUGGAUGUUCACCCUCACAGAGCUGAAGCAUACAGUCUGGGAAACUCUGUUUGUGUUUUUGAAUGUGGAAGUUGAUUGGUAAACUCAGCAUUUUACCAGCGUAGUGGCUUUAUCCGUGGGCUGUUAGAGUGGGUAUUCCUUUAGUUGACUUUUCUUUUCAUGUUCUGUGAUCGUGCUUAGUCAGACUGAUGCGGGUGGUGUUGGUGAAGAGAGAAAAAGCAGUUAGCAUGUGCUUAACAUGUCCCAGGAUGGCUAGUUAGCUGAGAGAGCCGGCAGACAAUCACUGAAUGCAGAUACCAACACAGCUACUUUAUUCUGACCAUACAAAGGCAGGUCUCUAGUCAUAAAUGAACAGUAGAAUAUAGUAAUCAAUACACGUGGGUUGAUGUUCGAUAACAUCGAAUAUUGCAAUAUUUCCUGCCAUAUGCAAAUUGUUUUCACAAAAUCUAAAUAUUUCGCAGUUAAGCGCAGUUUAGCAGAGUCCAGCUGCAGACCCUCUUUUCACUGCUUUUCUCACCGUACGUUGUACCUUUGCAUGUUACAAAUAAAGUGUUGAAAUGCUGUUUAAUGGCAGCCUCACUUAUUACAGAAGAGAUUAAAGUCAGAAUUCUAAAAAAAAAAAGAAAGAAGAAUUUCACAUGUGGCCCUAAUCCACUUCUGUAAUUUACACCUGUAACAUGAAAUACAAUAAUAUAAUUAUGUAAAACCAAAAAAAAACAUCUGAAUCAUAAAAUCAAGCAUCAACCUCCUGCAGUUCCUCUAAUGACCACUAGAGUCUGGCUCCAACAGUGAGUCAGUCCCCAUAGACUCCCAUGUUAAAACAUCCAACUUUACAGCAGAAAUCAACAUGUUUACAGCCUGGUACAAAAACACUUUGGUCUCUACAGCUAAUUUCUUCCUUCAUGACAACUGUUUAUAUAACUCACCUGUUUACAUUUUAUUAACGCUUAAAGUUCUGAUAAUUGAGGACGUGGCCUGUUUGAGUGACAGGCUGAGAAUAUACGCCAAGGUCUCAGCUCCACACGCCUCUUCUUUGCCCAUUUUUGGAUUAGCUGGGAGUUAGGGGUGGAGUCAGGCACUGCCAAGAUGGCGACGGUAGAGCAGCUCAGUCUGAGCGUCAAAACCGCUCUUCAGAAACCUGUGGGUUUUCAUUUACAGUCUAUGCAUAAAAUACAUAAUUACAUAAUUAUAUUAUGCCCCCACCCUCCUGUGAUAAUAUUGUAUAUUGAGAUAUUUAGGCUCGUCUGUAUGAAGACAUUAAAUUUUGGAUAUCGCCCAAGCCCAUGACCAUAACCUUCACCAGCUGGUUUCAGGGAAGAGUUCAGUCCCUCAGAGCAGCACCGCCCCACACAUGUGCUCAGAGGGAGGCUCUACCUGUGGCUUUAUCACACUGGAACCACAUCACUAAACUCUGACUGAUUCUAGGCAGAGGCGGAAAGUCUUGCCAUAUUACAGUUUGUAUAACUUCCUUAAUAAAUGUGUCAACAGAUGAUUGGAGAGAUUAGAGGUGUAUUUAAAUUCAAGAAAACACCUCAGAGAAAUUUCUCAUCAGCCCCUAAAUGUUUGUAAAAGGCUUCUUUGGAUGGCUCACCAGUGAUAGUGCAAUAGUGUGAGUCGUAGCUGUGCAUAAUGUUGUAAGACUUUCAAAGAAAAUCCCCGGUGUGAUCUCUCAUCCCCACAUGCUAAUAAUAGAACCAGGGUGUAGUAGUUUAGUGUAACUGGAUCAUAGCUGGCAUGGAUGUUCAAGAUUCAUCAUUUCAAGAGGAUGAUGCUGAAUGUUUUGGUGACCCUCUGACCUUUCCUCAGGCCACACCCUCUGGUAUGUUAGUAACAUUUAAGAUAACACUCAGAAUGACAUUACAUUUGCUGAGUAAAUUCAUGCUUUCCUCUAGAGUCAUCCUCAGGACUCACUUCAUAUUUUUUGCUGUAACAUCUAAGUAUAUAUAUAUUUCUGGAGCCUGGAACCAGUUACAAGUGGGUGGGUCAGCUCUUUCCCACUUCAUUUACCCUGUGCAUCAUCAGAUUCUACCAUUGUGCACAACCAUUGUGUGUAAAAAACAACAACAUUUUGUCUCCAUUUUGCCUCUGAAUAUCUUCCUCUAAAUUGCUAUUUUAUAUUGAUUCUACGUCGUAGACACUGUAAAAGUGAAAAAUAAACAUAAAACAUACUAUAUACAAAGUUCACAAUACAAUAAAAGUUCAAUCGGCUGUGCGUGACGUGUAAAAUCCCAAUCUGCGGUAAAAGUCUCUUGUACUUACGCACGAGUGUAGUACCGCAAGGAAGCAAGUCUCAUAGGAGUGAAAGUAGCAGUACCACCAAACGCGCUAGAUGGCAACAAGAGACCAUGCAUGAAAUUCAGUCUUGGGGCUCAGUCUCUGUUAUCAUUACCGCAAAAGGGCAAGGAAACAAUAUCCAUUGCUUUUGAAUAGAACCGUUUCGGAAUAUGUUGGAAUAUAAAAUGAGAAGUUUGGUCCCGUGUUUGCUUUUGGGCUGACAUGAGCUGGUUAGCUCCGGCUACGCUUUGCUUGCUAUCAAUGGAAAGAGUAGCUUCUCUUGUUUCAUACCACACCCAGCAUGGUGGAGGGAGACAGCGGAUUACAUGUACCGCCACGUUUUAUUUCAACUGUCCGUUUACUUUGAUAGGGGUCUUAUUUUGAAACAGAAAUAUUCUUUGGACUAAAUACACUUGGGCUGUUGUCUUGGUAGCAUCAAAGCCUCGUCUUUGAGAAGCGUUAGAAAAAGAGACCACCACAGCUUCCUAUCAACUUUUUGACAGAGCCUGGUACCAGGUCCGUCAGGCUUAAAAGAUACAGUUAAACAUCAGUUAUAGAAACUUUAGCUUCAGUAAUGGGUCAUAUUGACUGAGUGAAAUACAAAACAUGGAAGAGGUUUAAUUAUUAGAAGGAUUUGAAUCAGAUCCUGUAGAUGGGACUGCAUCUCCCCGAAUAUGGUGACGUGCUACAGGGCUGAAGAGCGACACGAAACUAGCUGCAGAAGGAAGCGCACACAUCUCCCUCACCUGUGUUGUUAGACCAGGAGAAAGAGGAGGAUAAUGGUUAAAGUUAGACGUCAACCACAUUCUCUGUUCUCUCAGGUUUAUCAGCUGAAAACCAAAUACACAUCUCUGACACUGCUCUGCUAAGCAAGCCAUUAGCUAACGGUCAUGUAUGGUUGUAUGGUGAACGUUUAGCUGGUCACCUGAAAUAAAGCCUGUGGUUAACACAAGUUCACAUUUUAAUCUACAAUAUAAAAUCAGUCAGUAAAUUCCUCCAGUCCUGAUUUCUUUAGGCCUUUACGUCUCGGUUGCUAACAAGUGUCUAACUGAGACUACAGAGGUUGUCGGGGACGUUAAACAUCAUCACGUUGAACAUGAAAACUGAUCUACUCUCCAGUCCACCUUUACAGCCUCGUUGUGUUUGUACAAACUGUCUCUAACUCCGUCAGAGGAAAGGCUUUGGAAGAAGAGGUCAGAGCUGAAUCAAACUACAAGCUGAAGUUUAGUGGGGGUGAGGCUGAAGUCAUGUGACCGUGGCGUUUGAUUGUAUUUAGGCUUCAAACAUGACUCGGUGUUCAUAAGUGAAGAUGAUCCUGCUGAACAAAAGCUGACAGGAUCGUUAACUGUUGUUCAUUUUCUCUAAUAAUCUAAAAGACAGUGGAAAAAUCCUAUUGGCUUUUUGUUGAGGGAACCAGGGGGAUGAUAACCUCAGGGUAGGACUACAAAAACACAUCAUCCUUCAGCACUCUACUGCAUAUGGUCGUCUAAAUAGUCCACCUGAAUCCUCGAACGAGGUCGCCAUUUACCAUGAUUUCAAGCCCCACCCAUUUGGAGCUCACUUCCUGGUCUAUCCCUCUCAAAAUCAAAAUUAUCAUCAAUGUUAUUUGCUCUAUUAGUAUUUGUUGUGGUCAUUGCAGCUUCCUGGAGCCUGCAGCAAUGCAUUUUUUUCCAAUCUUCUUUAUAACUUACUAGAUGUUUGAGUGUUGAAGUCUUUCUUUACCAUGAUUACAGUAGUUUGACAAACUACCUCAAGGUCAAAUAUAUCAGUUUGUUUCCGGAGCUUUCCGCUGUAUAAACAUGGAUGGCAUCCGGGCAAACUUCUUUCUACUUAUGCAAAAAAAGAAAACAGUUGAAAGCUCCAGGAAAAAAAACUUUUAAGUUGACCUUGAGUUCUGAUUAUUAUGUUACACUGUUGAAUAUUCGUUUUCUUGCAUAAGCAGGCUACCUGACAAUGUUAACACCACAUUAGAUGACUGAAGAUCAUAUUUGUAGCAUGAAAAUUAUAGAAAACUAGUUGCUCUAAUUUGAUAAAACACCCCAUUUCCUGUAUGUGUUUGUACGUAUGUGUAAAUAAAUUCAGGAUUUCUAAUCACAGUCGUUUUAAGAGCUGUGUUUCCAGUCACCUUCAUGUUUUUAUUUAGUUUGUUGUUACUGUACAUGGCUUUGGGAUGGAGGAGGGACUUAUUGUCAUCACAUUUUUGCUAUCCUCCAAUUUAUGGCCACUGGUUUGAUGUACAAUAAAUAUGCAUGUGUGUUACAGAAA